AUGGCGCAAGUCCAGAGCCAGGUUCAGGUUCAGGUUGAUCUCGGAGGAAAAGGGGCGAUUGUCACGGGCGGUGGAUCAGGAAUCUGUCUGGCUUUCGUCCAGCACCUGUACCGCGCGGGAUGUAACGUCCUGAUCUGCGACCUCGGCCUCCAUCGCGAGGCGGUGGCGUGGCUCGACUCGAUCGGCCAGAGUGGUGGCGACACCAUUUCUCCAAAAACCGGACAGACUCCCGCCGUUGCGUCUUCUUCUUCUUCUUUUUCUGCUUCGCCGCGUGUCGCGUUCCUCAAGACCGACGUCUCGGACUGGAAGCAGCUGGAGCAGACGUUUGAGGGCUAUGCCCGCGAAUUCGGUGGGGGGUUGCCGGACGUCGUGUGUCCCGGGGCCGGGGUGUACGAGCCGUCGUUCAACAACUUCUGGAACGACCGCGACGACGACCACUACCAGCUGCUGCGGAUCAAUCUGGAGCACCCGCUCAAGAUGUCGCGCAUCGCGAUCCGGAAGUGGGUGCAGCAGCGGAAGCGGGGGGGCAUCAUCGUGCACGUGUCGAGCACGGGCGCGCAGAAACCCAGCAUGCUGACGCCGCUGUACGGGGCGGCCAAGCAGGGCGUCAGCAACUUCACGCGCGGCAUGGCGCGGCUGCAGGACCUCGAGGGCAUCCGCGUCGUCGCCGUCGCGCCGGGCCCGACCAUGUCCCCGCUCAUGUACGACCACCCGGAGGCCCUGCGGUUCGUGGACCCGGACAAGGACAAGCUGUCGACCCCCGACGAGAUCGCCCGCGGCAUGAUGGCCGUCGCCUUUGACCGUGACCGCUUCCCGCCGGGGACCGUGCUCGAGGUCACCCACCCGGACCGCUGGAGGGAGGUGUCGUUGCUGAACGACCCGGGGCCUGGUCCCCACGCCUUCACUAGCAGGAAGGAAGAGGGCAUGGCAGACGUCUAUGCGGCGCUGGACGCCGACAGGAAGAGCGUGCCCGGAUAA